CCCGCCCGUGGUGGCUAAAGCUACGUGUCCUUGUCCCCCGUGGGCAACCUCAGAACGUGCGGCCUCGGAUCGGAUCCCCAGUUUGAAGGGCCUCUUCCGGCCACCACCUCCUGGGAAAACUAUGAAGACCAAGAACCGACCUCCUCGGCGCCGGACACCCAUGCAGGACACAGAAGCCACCCCAGGAGAGCAGACCCCCGACAGACCCCAGUCGGGCUCAGGGGGGUCGGAGCUGACAAAGGGUCUUCGGAGUAGGACGGCCCGCGCAGGCGGAGCCCGAGCAGAGGUCAGCCACCGGCGACAAGGGUCUGGUGGCCGCAGGGAGAACAGUGUUCAGAGGCGGCUGGAGAGCAAUGAGCGGGAAAGACAGCGGAUGCAUAAACUCAACAACGCCUUCCAAGCACUGCGUGAGGUCAUCCCGCAUGUGCGGGCCGACAAGAAACUCUCCAAGAUCGAGACGCUCACGCUGGCCAAGAACUAUAUCAAGUCACUGACCGCCACCAUACUCACUAUGUCCAGCAGCCGCCUCCCGGGGCUGGAGGGGCCGGGGCCUGCACCAGGCCCUAAACUCUAUCAGCACUACCAUCACCAGCAGCAGCAGCAGCAGCAGCAGCAGCAGGUGGCUGGGGCUAUGCUAGGCGCCACCGAGGACCAGCCCCAAGGUCACCUGCAACGGUACUCUACACAGAUUCACAGCUUCAGGGAGGGGAGCUAGCACCUGCUCCGGGCCCUGGGGUGGGUUGACAGUGCUGACCAGGCCUGCUCAUCUCAGCUCUGGUCCCUCCAUGCCACAAGCCCGACUGGUGAUGACACUAUUGGGGGUCAUUGGGGGGGUUUUGUUGUUGACCAGAGACAUGGCCCAGGCUGUCCUGGAACUCCUCCUCGUCCUCCUGCUCCACCUCUCUCUGGCUGGGAUUACAGGCACACAUCACCACACGGUGCAGUGCUGGGGGAUGAACCAAGGGCUCCGUGCAUGCUAGGCACGCACUCAACCUACGGAUCGACGACGUCCCGCAGCCCAAGGUUGAAUCUCCAGUGCCUCCAUUUUCCUUGAAUGUCAGUCAGCUCAGCCACCAACAUAGGGCUGUUUUUCCUAGCCACCCAGGGGACAAGGGAGUGUGAUCUGGGCCAUCAAGGCAUCUUGAGGCCCUAAUCUCUGGGGAAAGCCUGCCCAGUCCCUGCAAUCCUUUCCACAAACCAGGCAGGAGGGGAACAUACUUGCCUUCCUCACGAUUCUUUUUAUGUGUGGUGGCCAAGGGGCAAUUCCAGGAAGAACUUUACUUACAAAUGUCCCUGCUACCACUGAGCCCAAGAUCCAACCUGUAUUGUGGGGCUACAUGGAGGCUGGGCCCAAAGCGUCGCCCAAGGCCCUUGAGGGAGUUUAGCAAAGCCAAGGUGGCAGCUCGUUCUUGGCAGCCCAGAUGCCCUGGGCCCAACUCAACAACUGGGUUUAGAAGGGCCUCAUGGGACUUGAAGUGGAUAAGGGGGUUCUCUUUUUUUUCCCAAAUGGAGACUUCUGGAAAGGCGGCAGUGCCCUGGGCCGUGGCUGACCACAGCCUGAGUGGGGCCUGGGAUCUGAGGCUCUCUGUUUGGGCUGGGCAGGGUCUUUAUGAAGAGGGCCUCCCAGCCUCUGUACAGGGAUAGACUGGCCCUGGGCCUUUUGCAGGCUUCUCACACCUGUACCCCACCCCCACCCCUCCGUUCCAGGGUGUACCACCAUGCUUAGUCCUCAUUCUUCUUGCCUUUGCCCCGAUGUACGGCUGCCAUGUGUGUUUUUUUCACAGGCUCGUGGGACGUAGCUCUUGGUACCUUUGGUGUUUUCUCUGAGGCGGAAGCUGGAGUGACAGGCUUGCCCCUCCCCCAACCUGGUCAUUAAUAACGAGGACCGAGCGGUUGGCAACCUAGCUGCCUCAAGCCCAGCUUCCUUCUGUGGGGCGUUCCUGCCCCACUGGCUCUGCCAGGCUUUACUGCUUCGCCGUCCACUGCUGUUGGUCUCUCCUUCCUCUCUUUGUCUCUCUGACCAGAACUGUCCUGGAGUUCCUUGGGACCCAUGCCCCCCCCCCCUUUUUUUUUAAAGAGUGACAGGAAUCUCACGAUAUAUAGCUCAGGUUGGUUGCAAAUUAUGCAGCCCAGGCUGGUUUUGAACUCGUGCUUCAGCCUUCCAAGCGCUAUGAACAUAGGUGUAGGGGACAGCCCUGGUACCCCAAGAGACAGAUCAUAGCCGCACUGGGCCUGGGGGUGUGAUCUCUCCAUCCCAGUGAGACUUGGGUUUGGUCCUGUCCCUUCACAGAUCAUAGGUCGGGUAGACUGAAGGCCUUUGUGUCUGUGAUUCGGGGAUGGUUACUGGGAAAGGUCAAUAGUUAGGGAAUUUGCCAAUGUGAGCUGAGGCCAGGCACAACUCCAAGUUGGAAAGCCAGAGCCCAGAUAGGCCUUGCUAUGGGGGACCUGCCCAGCAGAACACAGAGGCCUCUGCCGACAGACACUACUACAGACCUAGUGGCUGGCUUCCAGGGGAGACCAGGCCAGAGCUUGGCUCAUUUUGCUGGACCUUGCCUGGAAGCACAGGGAGGAAGGGAAGCUUCCUGGCCGAACUUCUGCCCUAAGGCCUGACUGCAGCCCAGGGCUGUCCAGGGUCACUGCCUUGCAGGACCACAGCCUCGUGGCUCUUUGUGCCCCACACGCUGGCAGGCACUCGCACCUGCUCCCCAGAGGAUGGCAUGGACCUAGCUGUCCAGUUCUUUACCGGUGACAGACAGGACCUAUAUGUCCCUUGGGAGGCUAGGGGACAAGUCUAGGAUAUCGGUAAGGCCCGUUGGCCUGUCUCCCUGACCCAAGCCCAGGCUUUUUUUUUUUCUCUUUUAUUGAGACAGGUCUCAAGUAGUCUAGGUUGACCUCCAACUUGCUAUGUAGUAAAGGAUGAACUUCUGAUUCUCCUGCCUCUACCUCGUGUUGGGACUCACUACAGGCAUGUACCCCUGCGCCCAGUUUAGGCAGUUCUGGGGAUUGAACCUAGGGCUUGGAGCAUCUUCGGCAAGCUCUCUACCAAGUGAUCUACACCUCUAGCCUGGUCUCUUCAUUCCUGCUGGGUAACAGGGCUGAGUUUACUCGAACCCCUGGACAGGAGGGAUAGAGCUGCCCCUGACCAGGUCACCUGGACUGUGGAACCACCAGAGCUGAUCACCUUCCCAUCAACACAAGCAGAGAAACGGGAAAUGUGACCUGUCUGGAAAAAGCCAAGAUGAACAGAACAGCCUGCGCCCUGCCUGUCACCGCGGUGAAAAUAUUCCUUAAAUGACCUGAGCUGGUUCUUUUCCCCCCUAAUGGUUCCCUCCAAGUACUAAUGAAAUUGCCAGCUGUAUCUUCACAUGAAAAGAUUCC